AACCAACCGGUCUACAAUGGACCUACAAUGUGUUUGCGACUCAACCACUAUGCAUGCCCUGAUCCCAGCCCCUUCUUUGCAAGCAAAAUGCAUGAAGCAGGUCACCAGUGUAACUGGCUGUAGCUUAUUCAAGCUUGAAUGGCCAUUCCGCUAUAUAUUGAAGAACUUAGCGGUAAGUCAUCAAGAACAAGAACUUGAUUGUGAAUCUUGAUCCAAGACAUUGAAUGCCACAUUCCAUCAUCAUGCAACUCAAACUUCUAAACCAAGCAAGGUUGGGUUGUGUAGCAGCACCCUUGCACCAUUGGCUGCUGGCUGGUGAGACAUUGCAUCGGAACUCAAAGUUCGGUUCCCCCGCAAGAUCCAGUUCGCUUAGAUGUUGUUGGCUUAGUUUGCUACCCGGGCAACCCGAUCAGCCGGACCAGGGGUCAAUUGUUCCCAAGAUUGAGUCUAUCGAUAAUCUUUCUCCUGAAGUAUGCUGUUGUCCUACUGUUGUCCUACGACUAUGUAGUCUAGAAUAUACCCCGUCUUCCCCUGCAAACCCCACCAUUUUGUAGUAACUGGAUAUAGCCAAUGUCAUUAUUUAUUACUCUUACUACUCAUACAUCGCAAU